ACGCGCGCAGGCCGCAGCCAGUGGGCCGACGUACAGAUAUCAGUUUGGAUGUACGUUGGUCGGGAUAUUUGGUAAAGUGUCUACGACAAAAAUAAAACAAAAAACUUGUUAAAACAUUUUUUUUCUUUCUAAAAAACGCCAAAAAUAAUAACAAAAAGAUACGAUAUACCUACCGCCGUGCCGGUGUCGGUCGUGUGCAUUUUUAAAUUCCGCCGUCUGUUUUAUUUGUUUUUAUCGUCUCUUGCGCCGCGUCGCGUUCGCUGCACAUCGUCCGUGUGUAAUAAUAACACUUAUUAUUAUUAUAUUAAAGAAUCACUAUUAACGUUAAUAAUAAUUUCGUAGACGAUAUAUUUUUUUUUCUACCGGAGUUGGCCGUUAACCAUACAUAAUUAUUAUUUUCUACAUAUACACAUCGGUUUUUUUUUUUUUUUGAGCUCUACCACCACCCAUACCUGCUUGCCGCGAGUGUUGUAUACAUUGUAUAUGAGUAUAUUAUUAUUUUUAUCCGUCGUGUCCAAAGUUUCAGGGAAACUGGUUAUUCGCCGCCGCAACACUGUGUGUGAAUGUGUGUGUGUGUGUGUGUGUGUGUGUGGAUAAAAAACACACAGACACACAACAUAAUGUAAUGAAUAAUAAUAUAUACAAUGCUGUAUUUGUGUAGUGAUUACGAGCGGUUCCAUUGAUACGGCCGUGUUUGUGUGUAUACUAUGUGUGCGCGUUUAAUGUUAAAUAUUUUUAAAACUUGCACAUUGUCAACACAAUAGACAUUUUUAAACCAAACGAUUUUUUUAUACUUGUCUUUCCAUCCAUAAAAUUCAAAUAAAGUACCCGUGUUCGGACGACGGACGGUGACAAAUCCUAGUGAUAACACUGCCUACCCUGCGCAAAGGGAGAAUAUUCAAUAUUAUGCUUUUAUCGUCGACUUAGUGGCUUGGGCACGUUUGUAACAGCAGAUUAAAAUGGACAGCGCGGUACUUAACCACUGAGAAAGCACCACCGUGGUCGAUGUGACAAUUAUUUUAUGAAGGCCGUGGCCAAAUUUUCCUAUCAAAUAUGUCCGCUGAUUCUUCAGAACCCAACGCCAAGAGAACAGAUAACAUUAAAUCCAUUCGCAGUAUAGAAAUCAGUUCUGCAUUCACGCAUUUAUCGCAAAAAACAGAAAUGACUCGUGAAUCGAUGGUGAGCAGCUACAACACGGAAGACGCGUUGGGUGACAAACCGUUGGAGUUGGUUCGACCCACCAACCUCGUCCACGAGGCAAGCGCCAUACACCAUCAGAUAUUGGAGUUAAAAAAGCAGCAACAACUUCAACAACAAUAUCUGCUGGAACAAUUCCAAGCACAACAGCAGCAGUUGGCCGAACAACACGAACAGCAACUUCGGCAACAUCUCAAAUCAUGCGUUAUGCAGGAGCUGUGGGAAAAGAAGCGAGAACUCGAAGAAAAGGAGCAGCGGGAAAGGAAAGAAGAGGAAAAACUGGAGACGAUCAAGAAAAAAGAAAAACACGAACAAAGCGCCAUCGCAUCGUCCGAAGUCAAACAGAUUUUACAGGGAUUCUUGUUAAGUAAGAAACACAGGGAAUCUGCCUCCAGCAGCUCUUCACAAACUCAAAAGCCGUACCUAAGCUGGGGCGUUUUACAAUCCCAACAGUCUGAGCCAAAUGUGAUGCCUAGUAGCCUAAGUCCUUCUUCUAGUGGAUCAAACAUAACUCCCUACAGGCUUGUUGGUCGGUACGAAGAUGAUUUUCCAUUAAGAAAAACAGCGUCUGAACCAAAUUUACUCAAAAUGAGACUGAAACAGCGCAUGUUCGACAGACGUAACAAUCCAAUCGCACGACCUAAAGACCGAACCAGCAACCGAGUUUCUAAACUUGCAAUUGAGACAUCACCCUCUGGUAGUACUCCUGGUUCUGGACCUAAUUCGCCACCAAUCAUUAUAUCAUCAAACUGCCGAAAUUCGCCUUCUACCGGAGCAACGACUCCAAUUAAAGAAGAGACCGACAUGACUUUUGGUCAUAUGUCCAACAACAACACUGACCAGAGUAGUAGUGUUGCUGAUCUUUCCGCAUUGUACACGAGUCCUUCAAUGCCUAAUAUAUCACUCGGUAGACCUCCAUCAAAUACGGAUGGUUCAAAAUUAACUUCAGUUUCUGAAGCUGAAGUUCGUGCUGCAUUCACAGCUCGGCUUGGUAUACCUUUAACAGGACAAAUGUUAUCGAGUACAUUACCCUAUUAUCCUACACUUCCAUUAUUGGAUACAUCUCAAAGCUUUAUUCAAAAACAAAUGCGAAGCUUAGAAUCAAGGCAAUCUACAGCGCCAACAUUUCAUCCUGCUCCUAUUACCGAUACUCAGGUGGCACACGCACGAUUGAAUAAAGCCGGACAUAGACCACUAGGUCGGACACAGUCAGCACCUCUACCUCUUGGUCAUCCAAUGUUAAAUAACAUAGCCCCUGGUCAACACCUUAGUGUUCAUUAUGAAGAUUAUGAACCACUCCAACAGCUUAGCGCUCACAAUUAUUUGAAACAACAAAUUCGAAACACUGUUUUGACUAGAGCUGGUAGUCGAGCACACUUGGCGAAUAAUUCAUUUAUCAAUGAAGAUCAAGAAGAUGACGCUAAGGUAAUUGAUUUGACUGGUGGUCCCCGAACGUCGACAGAUAAUGGUCUAAAGAACAAAAGUCAGUCAUUUCUUCAACAACAGCGAGAUUUAAUGAUGAGACAAACGUCACAGUCAAACGAUGUUUCAGUUUUUGCUAACCGAAAUCCCAAUGUAGCUAUUCCUUUAGUUCGAACAUUCUCAAGUCCUUUGGUUGCUGGUGUUAACCCAGGAGGUAUAAUUACCUCAGAUGCAUCCAGUACAUCAUCAUCGUACCUUUCUUCUACUAGCCUUAACUCUUCUUUACAUAAACUGUCUGGAAGUCCCCAUCGACCGACAACGGGACUAGCAUUUGACAGUCUAAUGUUAAAACAUGCUUGCAAAUGCGGCAACAACUCUUUGCAUCCCGAGCACAGUGGUCGAUUGCAAAGUGUUUGGGCUCGAUUAAUCGAAACUGGGUUGGCUAGAAAAUGUGAUAGGCUUAGACCACGGAAAGCUACCCUAGAAGAAUUGCAAACCUGUCAUUCUGAACCCCAUACGCUUCUGUUCGGUACUAAUCCGUUGAAUCAUCAAAAAAUUGAUGGUUCCAAACUAGCAGAGUUACCAUUAAAAAGUAUAGUACGACUACCUUGUGGUGGAUUGGGUGUUGAUUCAGACACUACUUGGAAUGAUUUGCAUACAGCCUCAGCUGCUCGAAUGGCUGUUGGAUGUGUAGUCGAUUUAGCUUUUAAAACUCUUAUGGGUGAUAUCAAAAACGGCUUUGCAAUUGUCCGACCCCCUGGGCAUCAUGCCGAAGCCAACCAAGCAAUGGGAUUUUGUUUUUUCAAUUCAAUUGCUGUUGCAUGUCGUUUGCUUCAACAAAGACAAGCUGUACGACGGAUUCUUGUCGUCGAUUGGGACGUCCACCAUGGCAAUGGAACUCAACAAAUAUUUUACGAAGACAGGAAUGUUUUGUAUCUAUCAAUUCAUCGACAUGACGAUGGCAAUUUUUUUCCUGGAACAGGAGCUCCUGCAGAGUGCGGCGUCGGGAAUGGCCUUGGAUAUAAUGUAAACAUUGCAUGGAGCGGUGGUCUACAACCGCCUCUAGGCGAUGCCGAGUAUUUGGCAGCAUUUCGAUCAGUGGUCAUGCCCAUAGCUCGAGAAUACGCGCCUGAAAUAGUACUUGUAUCAGCUGGGUUUGAUGCAGCAUCUGGUCAUCCUGCUCCUCUCGGUGGAUACAAUGUGACUCCUGCUUGCUUUGCAUAUAUGACUCAACAGCUCAUGCAAAUAGCUGAUGGAAAGGUGGUUUUGUCAUUAGAAGGAGGCUACGAUCUAACAGCUAUUUGUGACAGUGCUGAAGAGUGUGUCCGAGCGCUUCUCGAAGAAGAUGUGGCGUCUAUUGUUGAAUCAGAACUACACCGUGCUCCUUGUCAAAAUGCUGUUAACACAUUACAAAAAACUAUUGCCAUACAAUUGCCUCACUGGCCCGUUCUUAAAAAAUUCAUUAAUACCGUUGCAUGUAGUGCUGUUGAAGCAACGCUCUGUGAAGAAAACGAUACAGUUAGUGCAAUGGCUUCUUUAUCUAUGACCAGACAUCGAAUUCAAAGCUCUGAACAUUUGGAAGAACCCAUGGAAGAAGAUGACAACGAGGAAAUCAACAAAUAAUAUGUUAUUUAGACUAUGUAAAAGAAAUUACUGUUGCUUUAACUCUAAAGUUCUUAAUGAUUUCCAAUUUGUAUAGUGAAAACAUAUAAGUUUUAGGAAAACACAUUUUUUAUUACAACUAUUAACUAAAAAAUUGUAUUGAAUGCAAAUUUUGUCAGGUUACCCAGUGAGAUGGUCUCGAUGUUGUGUGUAUUAUGCAGAAUUUCUACAUAUACUAGAAUUUAAAAAAAAAACAUUCCAAAAAUUCUUUAAUGGUUAAACUAAUUUGUUGUUUGUAAAAUUACGUUACCUGCAAUAUAACGUAACUUAAAUAUUUAUUAUAUUUAUGUAUAUAAUCUUGUUUUGUUUUUAUUAUUAGUUUUUUUAUUUAUAUAUAUAU